AUGAACGACCCUUCGCAUCCCAAAAUCGCAUCGACGUCCCGCAAGGGCAAGGAGAGGGAACCUGCUCAGAUGGAUAUUGCAGACAAGCUCAUCGCGCUCAAGCGCAAGCAAGCAACGUCCAACCCAUCCGUCCUCUUCACACCAAGAGCCUCAUCGGCCCACCCCACCUCACCGCGGCGGCUACAUGCGCCCCCCAUGCCCAACCCGAGCAUUGUUGUCUCGGAAGGCUCCCCACAAUAUGAGGCCGAUCCAGACGACUUCUCGCGGCGGCUCAAGAUUUCCUCAUCCUCCCCACGCGGCCCGCACGCGCGCCCUGCUGCCAACGGCAGUCCCGGUAAGCUCUACGAUCCCAACACCGACUCGGUCCGCAAGACUGCCCCCCAUGUCACUGCCGAGCCAGACGCGAUGUCCGAUGCCGCAUCGAGUUCUCAUUCACCGCGAGUCUCCCGCAUGCACCAGUCCCCUCAGGGCGCCCGCAACCUCGUCGAACACCGACAGCUCUUCGAUCCUCGCAAGCACGAUGCGGUUCAGUUCUCUGCCCAGAACCGACAUAACGCCACUGUCACCCCAUUGCCGAGCGGUCGCCCAACCCCUACACCCAAGUCUUCAGGAGACUGGGUCUCCGCGUCUUCAACCUCCUCCGCUUCGUAUGCCCAUUCAUCUAUAUCUUCCAACUUCACUCUCUCCUCCGCCACCGACUCCUCUUCUGCAUCAUCCGCUCUUUUCGACUCCUCAAAUCCCGCGGGCCGGAGGUCCGAGGACAGCGCCUCUAGCGCGAACGCCUUCUCUCGAAAACUGAAGGAGGUUUACCGAAUGAUCAGUGGCCUGGAGACCAGGCUGUUGGGUAGCGACAAGGAUCGGGACAGGGCAGAGGAUGGUGAGCGUGGAUCGCGGGGGGUAUUGAUCAAGGGACGCGCGAGCAGCAACGCUCUCGCGAGUACAACCGAUGAGGGCGAGUCUGAGCGGUGGCGAAAGCUCGUAUCAGAGCACCAGCAACUUGCGGAAUGCAUCCGCGAGAUGCUCGCUCUUACGCUUGCGCCCACGGUGCCCGCUUCUCUCAAGAACAUCCCGCAGAAGUACAACCUAAUCAUUAGGUUAUGGUCCCAUGCAUUCUACCAUCUUCUGGAGUCGCUUCGUCACGCCGCGCGGCCACCAACAAGCUCGCCAGUAGCUCUUGAGUACCUUCAGCAAUUCCUUAACUAUGCCUAUGUAUUCUACGGCGGUCUCAUCGAGGAACGCAACUUCGCGCAAUACCGCGGGCCGUUCCUCGAGGCUCUCGGCGACUUGUCUCGCUACUGGAUGGCCGUCAGCGCCCUCAUCGAAGGCACUCAUUCUACAGGCAACACACUCACGGUAUCCGCCGUUGCCAAGAACAACCUGCUCGCCUCCAACACCCCUCGCCCAUCGUCCCCGAAUCCUCCCGCCACCGAUCUCCCGUCAGCUGCGGUGUCGCCAACCCCUGCGCGGAUCGACGACAGCCCUCAGUCGUCUGAGGCUGAGAUGCCUCUUGGUGCCGAUGACGUGGGUGCUGUUCUCCAUAUCCACAACAUCCCUAGCGUCGGUCAGGAGGCAGCCCGCUUGAUGGAACUCGACCCCGACAAGGAGCGCUGGCGGCAGGUCGCGAAGGAUUGGUUCGCGCGAGGGCUCGCAAUUACCCCCAACUCCGGCAAGCUCCAACACCACCUCGGGUUGCUUUGUCGCGACAAGGACGGCUUGGAUGAAGAGCUGCGCGGCGUCUAUCACUUUGCGAAGAGUCUGGUCGCGUUCCACCCAUUCCCCACCGCGCGCGAGUCCGUGCUCAACAUGUGGACGCAACCGUUGCAGGCGCGUCGGCAAGCACCUGAUGCGUCGCUCACGGAGCUCUUCGUCGCCCUACACGGCAUGCUCUUCACCAACAUCCAGCUCGACGACUUCAAACGCGUUCUGGAGCGUUUCCAAGAAAAGCUGCAGAUCGGCGACGGCGAGCAAGUGGAGGAACGCGAAUGGAUCAUGAUGGCCCUGGUCAACGUGAGCGCGCUCCUCGAGUACGGCCGCGCCACGGCUGUUCUUCACCGCGUCAGUGGUAUCGAGUCCCGGGGGAACAAUGCGAGCCCGACGCUCCCUACAGGCGCGGCAGCAGGCCGGAUCAAGGUGCUCAUGGCAAAGCGACUCGACGGCGACAUGGACGUCGAUGACGAGGAGGCCCCCUCCGUCGCCUCAGCAACUGCGGCCGCCGCGUCGAGCGAGCCGGAACUACCCGCUUCUCUUUCCCUGGCGAUGCAGCUCGCAUUUGUUAUGCUCUCGCAUACCCUUCGCCACCCCUUCCGCCGGCCAAGCGAAUACGCGUCACCUACCCUCAACCCCUACAACACCAUCUUCCUUACCUUCCUUGCGACCGUCCUCCGCGAUCCGCACGUCCGCUCAGCCCUCGAACGGGCCGUUCCGUGGGAGGAGCUUGCGAGCUUCCUCGUCCAUAUCCCUCGCCGUGACCUCAUCCGCGAGCACCAGAAGGUCAGCGUCGAGAGCGGGCUCCUGCUCACGAGUGGCUGCAAGCCUCUCCCGGAGGACUGGUGCAUUCGCGGUAUGGGCUGGGGCGGCAAGAAGGUGUUCGAGCGGGGGUUCUGGAACAAGGACGCCGACACCGCCGGAGAAGAGCGCAACAUCGAGGUCGAGGUCCUCGACCGCAUCGAGAUGCCCGACCAUGGCAUGGACGGCAUCAUCGAGGACGAGUCCGACGAGCAGGAGGGCCACUCCAACGACCAGUCGCCCGAGAAGCGGAGGUGGGCCCGUCUUGCGCGGGCGGGCCUCCGCAUCGCGCGCGACAUCCACGGCUUCAAGUUCUCGGCGUCGUCUGCGCAGGAGGGCACCCGGCCAGCUUUCCGGGUCGAGGGCGCACUUGCGGAGAAGGUUGCGCGAUGGAAGGAGGAAGAGCAGCGCGAACGCCUGGCGGAGGAGCAGCGGCUCCGGGGGACGAAAUGGAGCGACGACUCCAUGGAUGUCGACGACGUCGAGAUGCAGGAGGACGAGUCGGAUGCGGAGGACGGUGAGGCUGACAGUGAGGAAAUCCGCAAGCUCAAGGAGCGCCGGAGGCACCUCCAGGCAUUGCUUGAGUCAGGUCAACGUGAGGCGCCUUCGCGUCGCCCUCGUGGAUCGCGCCGGACAGACCCGUCCCGGCCUGCGCUCCGCUGUGUCCCGGGCUACAGCGUCCUCGUCGUGGACACGAACAUCCUCCUCUCGUCGCUGCAGGAGUUUUCCUCUUUGGUCGAGUGCAACAAGUGGACGGUGGUAGUCCCUCUUCCGGUCAUCAUGGAGCUCGACAGCCAGUCGUCGAACAUGAACCAGCUCGGCGAGGCUGCGGGCGCCGCCCUCCAAUACAUCUCGUCGCACGUGCGCACCCACUCGGCCUCGCUCAAAGUGCUCACCUCGCGCGGAAAUUACCUGUCAAACGUCAACGUCCGCACCGAGCAGGUCGACUUUUCCAACAGUGGAUGGGAGCGCAACAUGGACGAUCUGAUCCUCCGCGCCGCUAUGUGGCAGGACGAGCACUGGAUGGACCGUUCGGCGAUGUUGCAGGCCGGUGAGAACCGGGACACCACUGGGGCUGCCAAGGUCAUCCUGCUUAGUUUCGACCGCAUGCUUCGUCUGAAGGCGCGCUCGAAGCAGCUUGACGCCGCAAGCGAGGCUGACCUUGCGGCUAUUCUGUCCAUGGGCUCGUAA